CCCCCCGGUGCUCCAUGGAUGCGAGGCUCCUCUCCUCAUCCGCCUCUUCGGCCGCCGCCGUAGAUUCCCUCAUCCUCCGCUCUCUCAAGGAGCACUAUCUCGAAGUCUCCAAGAUGUCUCCACCGCCGAAAGUGAACCCCCCUUCGCCGUUCACGAUUGUGAAGGGCGCGCUGGAUCGCGAUGGCCCAGCGGUUCGGCGUGAGUACAAGGGGGAAGAGAUCACCAUCUCCGUAAUGAGGCUUGCGAACAUCAUGCCAAGUGGUGCCGAGGCUGAUGACGAUGAUGACAACGAAUCUAUCAACCAGUUGUUUCUCCACGUCGACGUUUCGAAGCCUGCAUGUGAAAAAUCCCUUCACUUUCUUUGCGGGCUCUAUCCCGAUGCUGUUGGUAUCCACUCCGUGUGCCUAAGGCCUAAAACUGGUUCUCUGUCUCUCGCCUCUCUGAACAAGUACGAAGGCCGUGUCUUCCAAGAAUUGGAUCAGAAACUGAGGGAUGCGUUCCACAUUUUUAUUGAGGCUCGCGGCGUAAACGAGAGCCUCUUCCAGGCCUGGCUUUAUGUCAAAGACCACCGGAACCUCAUGGGCUGGUUUAAGAGCGUGGGAACUUUCAUCAAUGAACACAAGUCUUCAUCAUAGCUGAUUUACAUUUCAGUCUUAAAGAGUCAAUACCUCCAGUUGGUGCUAGAUUUGUGUAUGAGUUCUGCCAAGCAGUUUUGACAAUGGAGUCAUCAAUGAUGGACGGCUGGAUGCUGGUUCGUAUAAGGCUCAUUUAUUUUUGUUUAUUUAUGUAAUUAAAGGAGUUUGAGCAAAAUUUUAAAUGCUCAUUAUAUAUUGAAUGCUUGAGUGCCGAUUCAUCGGUUCUAUCAAUAUUUGGGAACAUGUUUGUUACUUAAAAUAUCUUAGUCAGAAGUGGAAACAUAAUAUUGCAUUAAAUGAUGGUUUAAUUAUU